AUGUCGGACAAAGAAUUCGGAGGCAGCGAGGACUUGUCACUCCCCAAAGCGACCGUCCACAAAAUCAUCACCGAAGUCCUCACCUCCCCCUCCAUCCUCGCUGCCCAAAACCAAGGCAACAGCGUGGGUAGCGAUGGAGUAGCCGCCCAACCCAUGACAUUCGCGAAAGAGACCCGAGAUCUCCUCAUCGAAUGCUGCGUCGAAUUCGUCACGAUGCUGAGUUCCGAGGCCAACGAGAUUGCGGAGAAGGAGGCGAAGAAGACGAUUGCGUGCGAGCAUAUUACGAAAGCGUUGGAGGAGUUGGGGUUUGGGGAUUAUGUGCCGGAGUUGUUGGCGGUGGCGGAUCAGUUCAAGAGUAGUCAGGUGACACGAGAACGAAAACAGACCAAGAUCGAGCAGAGUGGCAUGACGAAUGAGGAGCUGAUCCGAGCACAGGAGGAGCUGUUCAAAACGGCUGGGGACAAGUUCUCGAGCAAUGUCUCGCCUGGUGCGUGA